AUGAAUGAAUGCUUACUUACUUACUUGAUUAUUAUCAAUAAAGAUGUAAGCACUACUAUUAGUUUAGAAGAUAUGAUACAUUUGUUAGAAUCUCUUAAAAUAACUAUAUCUGAUCACCAUGAACUCCAACAUUUGGCUCAGCUUGCAAAGGAUGGUAAAGCCCUUGAACGAGAUACACUAAUGGAUAUGAUAACAGCUAUAUUAGCUGCUGAUACUGAACAUCUCAAGGAAUUAACGAAUUCUAUUGGUGAUUUCGAAAUUCAACUUAAAUAA